UUUCCUCCGCAAUCUGCCAUACGGUGCGUUUUGUGGGUUUACAGUUUCCAAAUUUUCAUCAUCGUGUUUGAAGAGCCAUGGAGGUCUCCGGCGCCGUUUCUCGCCAAGUUCCGUGCUUUUCCGCCGGUAAAAUCGACACCACCGCCCGUUAUUGUACGACUUGGUUUAGCUGUGAGCUUCGCGCUCCGGGUCGCAGAGAUUUUGGAGUUUCGUUGAGAACCAGAAGGCCUCGCCGGCAUUUGAAUUCUGGGUUUAGCGACGACGGACAUUUACAGUAUUAUCAGGUGGGUCCCAUGUGCGGUGGUAUGAAAGAGAAGGAGAAGGAGAUCAAGAAGAAGGUGAAGUUGCUCAAAGGGUUGUCGAAGGACUGCGCGGUGUAUUCUAAGAUGGGUUUUGGACCUUUCGAUUCUCAGGAGGGUUUGGCCCCUCAACUUCAGGGGAGGCUGAUCUCGGAAGGUGCAGAGGAAUUAUUGUUAAAACAAUUGGAACAGCUGAGAGAAAAUGAGAAGGAAUUGAAGAAGAAGAGGAAAGAAGAGAAGGCAAGGCUUAAAGCCGAGCGGAUGAAAACCAUGGUUGACAGUGAAUCCUCAUCAUCUUCAUCGUCUGAAUCGAGUGACAGUGAGUGCGGGGAGGUGGUAGACAUGAAGCGCCUGCGAACUGAAGACCCAGCACAACCAAUGGUGGAUGUUUUGCAGCCAUUCGCUCAUCAAGAAGGGGCAUUGUUGACCAUACUGAGCUCGCUAGCUACUUAUCAAGAGAACACAACUGUGGAUAAUGGCAUUGAACUUGGGAGAUUACAGAUUGGUCAGAAAGCGGAAUGCUGCAAUGGAACUAGUACUAGUUGCAGUAGCAGUGGUAUUAUUGGCGUUGAUGACACACAAAGUAGCUCAGUUGUCGGAGUAUCUGCGAAGAGGAUUGAGGUGUGCAUGGGAAACAAGUGCAAGAAAUCAGGAGGCGGAGCAUUGUUGAAAGAAUUUGAGAGGCAGAUGGCUGUUGAAAGGACUGUUGUAGGGUGCAAGUGUAUGGGAAAAUGCAAAAAUGGCCCUAAUGUGAGGGUUUCGAGCACCAUAGAUGGGAUUCAAUCCGACGGAAUGGAUGAUUCGAUUAGAACUCCCACAAAUCCUUUGUACAUUGGUGUUGGCAUGGAAGAUGUGAGCCUCAUUGUGGCUAAUUUAAUUGGGGAAGACAGCAAGGAAUUGGAGCUUGUUCCUGCAGCUUAGGUUUAGCUUUUUUAUUGGUCUGCAAGGGAUAUGGCAUUGGAUUGGUUUGUUUUUUGGUGUAAUGUAUGUCUUGUGACUUUGAAGUUUGCAUUUUUACUGUCAUGCCCACAGGUCCCAGUUCUUUUAUAACUUUUUAUCUUUUUACUACUGUAAAUGUAAAUAGAUAGGCAGUGUAUCUGCAAUUACUACGUACUAGUUAAUCACACGACUUUUUUCCUGCUUGCA